CUUGGAUGGAGGUGAUUUACACAUUGUACAUUUUGGAAAAUGAUAUAUAUAAAUAUAAUUGAUAUGAAGGAAGCGGAACUAUUGCAUGGCAAGUGAGGUUAAUCGUUCUGUAUUCGAUAGUUGUCAAAGGUGCGAACCGAAAAGUUGCUAAGGUCGGACAAUUAAACAAGAUGUCUUCAGAAACAUUAUCUCUAGUCAACGGGACUAAUUUGACUGAAUCAAUCAAUAUGACAGAGGAUGUUGUGAAUAGUACGCCUACUGUUGAUGUUUACGAGGAGCCACACGAAAACUUGGAAGCCAUCCUCGUGCCCAUUCUCUUCGCUAUAAUAUUCCUUAUUGGCGUCGUGGGAAACCUUACUUUAAUCUUUACGGUGUUGAGAAAUAAGUCUAUGCGAAAUACUCCUAACAUCUUUGUAGUCAGUUUAUCCGUUGGCGAUUUGCUGUUAUUAUUGUGUUCCGUGCCGUUUUCAUCAACGCUUUUCACGUGUUUCUCUUGGCCCUUUGGGAGAUUUUUGUGUAAAUUGAACGAAUACAUGCAAACACUUUCUCUUGGUGUCUCGGUAUUUACACUUACUGCCCUAAGUGGUGAUCGGUAUAUUGCCAUUGUUCACCCCAUGAGCAAACACACAGGAAAACCAACGCUUAUAACAGUGGUAACUGUGGUGGGAAUUUGGAUUCUUUCCGCCGCUCUCGCCAUACCGGAGGCGGUUACAUCAAAUGUUCUCUAUUAUGAAGGAGCAGCACCCAUGGAUAAUGGCAGCAUCACCAUCUUACCAGUAACUAUUGCGAUUUGUAAAAUAUAUCCGGAAAACAGUUUGCCAGUAUGGUAUAACAAAGCACACUCUAUGUUCAGAUUCAUAGUGUUCUUUGUAAUACCUGUCCUCGUUAUCGCAAUGUUCUACGUCAUGAUGGCUAGAAUCCUGAUAAUCAGUAGUAAAGCAUUGCCCUGUGAAUCCGUGAAAGGGUCAGCGAUGAAUCAACAACAGAAAAGGCAAAUUCAAGCGCGUUUGAAGGUGGCAAAAGUUGUUCUUUCCUUUGUCGUCAUCUUUGUUUUAUGCUGGCUACCACGUCACAUUUCGAUCCUAGCAGGCCACUUCGCCGAUCCGGAGUACAAUAUGUUUUGGCAUGUUCUAAAGAUAACAUCGUUUUGCUUGACUUAUAUCUACUCAUGCGUGAAUCCAUACGCGCUCUACUUUCUGAGCAGUCAGUAUAGGAAGUAUUACAACCGCUACUUGUUCUGUUGCUGCCCUAAGGGCUCUUAUAUAGGUUUACCGGGCGGGGAACAUUCGGCUAUGUACAACUUUAACAGCACGAUGCGCAGGGGAAGUACGACUUGUACGGGCAUGGUGCAAUCACAGUCCAUGUGUUAAGACUGUGAAUGGUGACAUCGUACGCAAUAACACAGAAAAAGUAAAUAUGAAUAUUUCUGAAUGUUUGCAAUAUUCAGUUUUUCUCAAUCGAUGUUAGUGUAGAAACAAACAACAUUAUUUUCUCACAUAUUGUCAUGAAAUAAUGUUACAUUUCAAAACUAUUUUAAUAAUGAUUCCAAGCUCAACUCUUAUUGUAUAUCCAAUACGAUAUCGAUAUAUUCAUUUUAAUUAUUAUCAAGUAUGUAAUAUAACCACUGUAAACAACAAGAGACUAUUCUUCAUGUCAUUCAGAAAUAGUUCGGCAAAGGAAAGGCAUCCAACGAGAUUUUCAGCUUUUUAAAGUAGAAAAAAAAAAUGUCUCGUAUAGAUAUAAUUAUUCAGUAUUGCAUUAUUUUUUCAUUCAUGUCUACACGUUAUGCUAUUUAUGGAUGUAAUGUAGGUGUAAAUAUAGAAUUGUUCGUAGGAUUGUGUCUUUACAUUUUAACAGCAAACGGCACGAAAUGAAUGGAUUGUUACACUAAGGCUAUACCUAAAGGAACAGUUCAUUGACAUUAUCAUGACUCAGCACGCUUGUAGGUGCUAGUUGUCGUUCUUAUCGUGUUAUCAUCAGUGAAAGUAUAUUAAUGAAAUACUACAACUACAUCCGAGACGCAAUAUAUUCGUUUCGUCAAGACCAAAGUGUUGUAUUUUACCAGCUGCUGCAAUGUUGCUCCCAAGUGUUUCGUUCAUACAUAUACAUAACAUUUGUUUUAUGUACGGUGUUUCAGAUUAAAUGGCAUGAUAAACUAAAGUGUGAAUUUGAACUCGCGGAAAGAAAAUUGAGCGUGUUGAAACACCACGAAACAACAAGUUGUUCUUCCCAUUGUAACAAGUUCGUCAUUGUCAUUUUUAGACACCGCUUGUGAGGAAUGCUUGUGAAAAUGAUGCUUUAUUCAAUUUGUUCUUGAUUAUCACAAAUGAGAUCCUGAUACCUAGUAAGUAAUCGUGUUCGUGUAGUGAAUUUGUUAGAUAAGGUAUAGACUGUAGAAAUAGAAAAAAAAGUUUUACAGUUACAGUAUAUUCAUUUUCUCUGACACCUUUGUAGCAUGAAUGUUUACCAUCUGUUAAAUGUUCGCGAAGUUAUUGUUUUGAGUUAGGAGCUUAACUAUCCAGGCAACAAUACGCAGUGUGAAAUGCAGUGGUGUGAAGUUAUGCUUAGGAAAAUUACUAUUACCUACGUAAUUAAUUGUUAAACGCUUCGUUGCGUUGACAUUUGAAAUUCGGGAACGGCAUCGUUUCUUUUUUAUCUAUCUAUUAUGACUACCGUCCAAAUAUGAUGUUCUGUAUUUCAUUUACAGAAACAACAUUAACUUUUAUUCAAAUGCACUUUAUUUAUUGAUAGUUAUCCUUAAAACGAUUGAAUACAGGCGUGCAUAUUGUUUAUUAAUAUGUUGUCAAUCUUUCUCUGUAAAUGUGAUGAAAGAA